GGUGUCUUUGUGUGGGCAUGUGUGUCCCCUCCAAUCCUCUUCAACCAAGAUCAAUAAUCCUAACUGAAGGGAGACAGUGGUUGUAUUCGCUGAGAAGGGGUGUGUGAAUCAAGUCACUCUAUAGGAUUCAGUGAUGUGCUGUGGACAUAUCAAGGGAUUAUGGAUAGGCUGGCUAAUUUGACUCGUGGUAUAAAUGCAACAACUUCGGCACCGGUCACGGGGCAAACUUGUGUAUCAAACUCGUCGAAUUCUGCGAUCUUAGAUAAAUCACUGGUCACCGCUCCAUCAUGGAGUUCAGUACAACAAGACUUGAGAUGGAUGUUCCUACUACACACCUAUGGCAUUGCAUGUCUCUUCUUUGUACUUGGGUUUUAUACCUUCUUCUCUAUUCUAAAUUUAAGGUCACUCAUAUCAAGCCGGCCGUAUAUGUCUACGAUUAAUAUAUUUUUAUGUUUACUCGGAGCGUCGAGAGCCGCCUGCUUAUUCAUAGACCCAUACAAUCUGAAGGAGACGAUGCCCAAAAUCAUCGGAUCGAUCACAUGGGACAUCGGAUAUCCGUGCAUCACGUCUGCCUUUUGUCUGAUACAAUUGGCUUUCCUGCAACUGACGAAGCUGAAAUUUGGUCCAGAGAAGAUACAAAAGGAGUCUUGCCUCAGUCUUAUUAUAACGGCCCACUUCUUCUUCAUCAUUGCCAGCAAUAUCACUCUGUCUUCUCAUAAUUGUUACAUGGCGAGAUACGUGGUCCAAGCAAUAUUCCUCGUAUGGAGUAUUCUUUUGUACUUGGCGUUCCUACACGCGGCUUACAAAGUCGAUCACUUGCUGCGAACUAUGCCGAGCAGCAUGCUGACACGGGACAAUUCCAACGUACAUCAGAAAGGUAUCAUGCAACUGGCGAUGCUGGCACCUUACAGCAACCUGGCGACCUCGGUUGCUGCCGCGCUGGUACCUACUUUACUUGGCCCCAAGAUGAAGGGCGCGGAGGAGAGUGAGCCUGCAAACAUAAGCAAAUCCGCGGAAGGGGCACUCGCUGAAGAAGAAUUGCGUAUCACAACUACCGCCAAGGUGUGUAAAGUGGAGGAACCAGCGCAAGUGAAGGAAAUCCAUAGCGUAGUGAUAAUACCCACGUGUACCGUGCAGUCACCGGCGCAGGAACAGAAGUCGGCAGUACCGGAAGUCUAUGUGAGACCACCCACUCCUACGCCGUCGACGGUCAACUUGCCAAUUAUAACGGUGUCGAGUCCGAGUCGUAGAAGUUCCGUGGGCAGCCGACGAAGCAGCGACGCGUCCAAUAAAUCGUCACGCAGAAACUCGGAGUGCAGCGUCAGAUUUGUGAACGAGGAGGACGACGCCUCGAUGACGGAGUGUAAACGCGUGACGGAGGGCAGCCCCAGGCACACGAGGAUACGAGAGGUCGAAAGAAGUCGCUCGCCCGACGGCACAUCGCGACGGUUCUCGGAAAGUAUCACUCCGACGGGAAGUACCAGGGAGCUGAGACGGUGCUCCGAUUUCACCCGCGAGAAGAACCGCAGCUCGCAGUUCGCCACUAAGCUGAGGAGGAAUAGUGACUUCGGCAAUAGAACGCCCAGAAGAAUGCUGCCAACUGAGGAGCAGUCCAGAUUGCCCAGGGUUUUGGAUCUUAGCCCCACAGGUUCAAGACGUAAUUCCGACAUCGGUACCUUCGUAACUAGGCCGGACUCGCGCAGAAACUCCGAGAGCACCUACCGCCGUAACUCCGAAUUCGUUCACAUCAAGCCGUUAGUUAUAAAUCGCCGGAGUAGCGACAUUAGUAUCAGAACUCUGGACAGAAGUCCCACGCACUUUCAAAGUAUAGUACCUGUACCUGUACCUGUGAAGACGGAAGGAGGGCAGGAGAAGUCCGAAUCGGACUCGGAUCAACCCGAUUGCAGCGAGAAGGCGGCACUGAUGAACGAGAAAUCCAAGGGGAAGGACGAGGAGGUAAAAGUGCGCAAGAAAAAUUUGUCGUGGAACGACAAGAGUAUGGAGGAUCCAGAAAACAUUACGGCAGAGACCAAUUUGCUUCCCGAAAAUACCACGAAUGAAGCAAGGCUUAUGGGUACGGAUUUUACUCUCCAUUCAAUACUAAAUCACAUUGCUUACGUGAAUCGAGCGAAAUCCGACACACCACUGCACAUACCGGAGACGGACACCGCGGCUGCCAGGAAAUCUCAAGUGAAACGAGUAUUGAACGUAACGCGCGCCACUGCGAUUCUGGGGAUCAUCCUGUGCUUCACGGAUGCCUUUCGUAUUUUUGGACCAUAUGGACUGUUUGCUGAAACUGUACCGUAUGGUACGGAACCAGUAGCGACGCAAUACCCCAAGCCAUGGCCGUGGUUGCUGUAUCAAACGCUGUACAGGGCAUUUGAACUGGCAAUGGGCUACGCUAUGGCGAGUAUAACUAAGCAGCCGUCAAUAAGUCCGCGGCAUCAAUACUUAAGUGGUUAUCCCAAUUAUUCCCCGCGCGUGAAACGGGGAAAUAAUCCAUACAUAUAAAGCAAUAGUCCAUUGAAUCGUGAUUGAAAAAUUCAAGAUGCCAAAUGAAUAUUCUUCUCACUUCCUUCGCUAGAUUUUAGUGCUGUUCUCUCAUACAAUCAAGACUUUUUGUGAUAACGCCUUUAUCAUUUUAAAUAUCAGGAUCUACAUACGUAAGCAUAUCACUCCUGAUACAUUUACGUUCGUUAUUCCCUUCAACGUUUGUCGAAAGUAACUUACUUUUAUUUGAAAAAAAAAGAAUUAAAUGUUAUCUUUAUAUAUGAAAUAAAACGGCAUUUAUUUCGGACGUAUUAUCAUCAUAAAGGGGAAUAAUUUUGGUAAUAAUUUUAAUCAUGCGUGCAAAGGUAUCGUUAUCAACGUAUGAGAAAAUCUCGUAAUACGUUAUACAUGAAAACAGCAAUAGCUCAGCAUACAUUUUAAACAAGGAAUGCGUGUUUGGAUGAUGUCUCAUAGCAAGUACAAUAGCCAAGUAGCAUUUCUAAAAAUCACUUUUGACACAAAGUGUUCACUCGAAGCACAUAUACUCACGAAAAAAGCAGACAUCUAUUUUUCAAAUUAGAUUAGUUGACUGGUGGAUUAAUUUAGUGAUUAUUACUGUGUUCCGUCAUCCUCAGAAAGAUACAUACAUAUAAUAUACAUAUAUAUUUUUUUGCUGUUGACAACAAAUGUAUAUCAUUUUUUAACUCAUAUAAUCCAAAGGAAUAUUUUCGAAAGCAAAACGAGGAAAAAGAAAAAGCAACAGAUUGUACAUAGCGGAAACGUUAGAACAUAUAGUUGAUAACUUUUACUGAUAACACGUGGAAUAACGCGUUUAUACUAUGUGUCAACCGCACCAAUGCUUAGAGUAAAAGUAAAAGUAUAAACCCAAAUUCUCAAAGUGCCCUACUACUAAAUGUUCAACAAAAUUUAUCGCGAUGAUUGAUAAUACAUAGAUGACUUAUCUGCAAGUGGAAUUUGUAACAGUGUUGUGAUCCUACAUGUGAUACAUAUUUAUGUGUUUAGAAUAGGAGGCCAUUUUACGCUUAUGUAAGCUUAAUAACACUAUAUUCCGUGAGACAAAAGACUGUAAAAAAGUGAGUUUAUGAUAAAAACAAAAGCGUCGCAGUUGCGUUCCACAUAUUUUCUUUUUCAUGUUUUUUUAUAAUUAGAAUAUAAUCAGUAUUAUCCUUGCUUUAUUUUCAAAGUGUUUACAUAUACCUGCGUUUAUAUGUUUUAAUCUCUUAAUUUAUAUGUUUCGAGAUAAUAUAUUUUUUUUCAAAUCUCUUUUGUACAAAAUUACGAUCGGAAAGUGUUGUAUUCACACAUACAGGAGAUUGCAUGUACCUUUUUAUUAAUUUACUCGUAAUAUCUUGGUAUGCAAGAAUUCGAUAUUUUUAUACCUUUUUAUUAUAAACACGUACCUCUUACAUAUACGUGUGCGCACGCGCAUACACAUAUCUGUAUAUGUUAAUUAUAAUAUGUUAGUUUUUUGUUUAUAUAUGAUCAUUCUGUUAAUCCUUAUUGUAAAAACAAACAAGUGAGAAAUCUAGUAGUAAUACUUACAGGAGCAUAAAAGGUCUCAAUAACUAUUUGUUUGAAAUUCAUAGUUAUAUAUAACAAAAGUCGUAGUAGUCUAAAAUAUAUAUUAUCGAUGUUUCAUGUGCCAAAUACUCGUGUUGACUAUUUUAAAUGUUUACAAGAGAUACAAAGUCUUAUUAUUCUAACAAGAGAUCUUCUACAAAACUAUACAUUAUAUAGAUAAAAAUAUUUAUAUACAAUUGGAUGUACAAUAAAAAACAACAUCGUUUUAAUCAAAUUAAGGACUCUGAAAUUAUAUAAUAUAUAUAACCGCUAUUUUUACUGAGAUCAUAAUAUUAUCGCAGAUCUGAUAAUUAUAAAUAGAGAGAACAGAAGAAGGGGAGAGACGAGGUAUAUAAGAUAUGUAUUAUUAAAGUUUUCAAUAGAGCUUCUCUAUUGCAUCUGAAUUAGAAUAAUUUCUUAUAACAUGACUAUUUGGUAAUUAAAUAUAUAUACUUACCUAUAUAUAUAUAAUGACGCUGUGAAUUAUAUAUUAUACAUAAAUUCAAUCAAGGUUGAUUGCCACAACUGAUUAUUAAUGAAUUGCAAACAAAAAUGUCUGAAAUUCUUGGAAAUAUUUUUGAAACACCUCGUCCAAGAAUAUAAAAGAUAAUCAUUCUAUGUAGCACCUAUGCAACACUGAUAUUGAUCCUUAGCAAUAUACUUCUGACCAAACAGAAAUAAUGUUAUGUAGAAUAAGAAUAUCUCUUUAUUCUAUCUGUUGAUUUUUAGAUACUUUAUAUAUCUACAUUAUAAAUAUAUGCGAUAGAUAAAUUUCUCCUGUAAUAACGUAGCUUUCAAGAGUAGUAGAAUUCCACUAUAUUAUUUAUUGCUUUAUCAUUAAUUAGACUUACCAGAUUAUCAUAUAUAUAUAUUUAAGAGAUAUCAAGAUAUAAUCAAUAACUAUGUAAAAGGUUUGUUGGAAAGAGAAUUGUGUAGAAAUAAAAAGAAAUUAAUUAUAA